UUGGAGUACUACGGGAUUCGUAACCUAUCAUUCUUGUACCGGUGGACAUUUAAACAAAAUGUUUUAUCAUAUAUCUUUGGAACACGAAAUCCUCCUACACCCGAGGUACUUUGGGCCUCAGCUACUGGAAACAGUCAAACAAAAGUUGUACACAGAAGUGGAGGGUAAUUGCACCGGCAAGUAUGGCUUUGUUGUUGCUGUCACAACCAUUGACAAUAUCGGUGCUGGUGUUAUUCAGCCUGGCCAAGGAUUUGUUGUGUAUCCCGUCAAAUACAAAGCCAUCGUAUUCAGACCUUUCAAAGGCGAAGUACUGGAUGGCAUUGUUACCCAAGUUAAUAAGGUAGGUAUGUUUGCUGAAAUUGGACCAUUGUCGUGUUUCAUAUCACAUCAUUCCAUACCAGCUGAUAUGCAAUUCUGUCCUAACGUGAAUCCUCCUUGCUACAAGUCCAAAGAUGAGGAUGUGGUGAUUCAAGCUGACGAUGAGAUAAGAAUGAAAAUUGUGGGUACCAGAGUCGAUGCUACUGGCAUAUUUGCCAUUGGAACGUUGAUGGAAGACUAUCUGGGACUAGUGUGUAAUUGAUUAUACUCAAUUUUAAUUUGAUAAAAAGAAUCUACAAAUAAAAAUUCAUGGAAAAAUGUAAAUAGGUAUAAUAAAAGCACGUUUUUAUAAAACCAAAGUGUACUUUGUGCAAAGAAUGGAUGGCAAACUUAUGAAAUAAAACUAAACAA